CUCUCAAACGGUCAUCGAAUCGGUUGAGGCUGUCUCAUCCACAAUCCUUGAUGUCAUCGCUGUGGUCCACAAGCGUCGAAACCCUGAAAUCAAUCUUGGUAGUAUUCUGGCGUAUCUAAGCCUCCCUUUCUGAUGGAUCUUACGAUGCACCUUGUGACGGCGUCCACUCCUCCAUCCUUUCCAAAACCCUAGGUGGAGUUCGCAUCACCGACGACGACGAUCCGAUGCGUGCACCUUGCGUGUCUCACCGGCUCUGAAGGCAGUGCAACCGAUCGAAAUCUCUGCCGGAAAGGAUGCCGAUUGCUGCCACCGCUGCGUGUGGUCCAAGUCCAUUGCGAGCUCUUCGUCCUCGUCGAGCUUGCCAGCUUCUCGUUUGCGCAAAUCGCGUAAAGUUCGCUCGUUUCGCUGUUUCUCCCACUUCUUGGGAACUUUUCUCGCCGCCCAGGCAUUCGGUGCCGCCGCACAAGGCCGCGAAUGCGUCAUCAGAUGCAUCUCGGUGGCGGACUGGGGCAUCCUUGUCCGGUGAAGGUGUUCAUCGGCGUCCAGACAGGGAGGCCCCGGGGCGGCAAAGCUUGGAUCACAUUCUUUGGGCUGCUGAAGUACUCUGCGUUGCACCUUCCGCUGUAUUUUCGAUCUGGUGUCUUGUGAGUUCCGUCCUUCCGGGUGCGUCCAAACCGUUCCAAGUAUUCCUGGGUAGCAAAGUUGUUUUUCAGUACAUUUUGUUGGUUGCGGCGGUGGCGAUUGGUAGUUUGAUUCGUUGGAGGCAAUGGCGGAGGAUUUAUAUGGGGAAUGAGACUGGAAUGAGUUUUGAUUUGAUUAGGAGGAUUGAAAAGGUGGAGGACGAUCUACGGAGUUCGGUCAAAAUAAUUAGGGUGCUGUCCAGGCAGCUUGAAAAGCUAGGAAUUAAGUUUAGGGUCACUAGGAAGACCUUGAAGGAGCCAAUUGCUGAGACCGCAGCUCUAUCACAAAAGAACUCCGAAGCUACUCGGGCACUAGCAAUGCAAGAAGAUAUUCUUGAGAAGGAGCUUAGUGAAAUUCAGAAGGUCUUGUUGGCCAUGCAGGAACAACAACAAAAGCAGCUCGAAUUGAUCCUUGCAAUCGGGAAGGCUGGGAGAUUAUUCGAUAGCAAGAGCGACUUCGUAGGACAAGGUAGAGCGGGAACUAAUAGCUCAGUUCCUGAAAAGAAAGAACAAAACAGCCAGCCAGGGUUCCAGUCAGAAAGACAUGCUGGGGAAGGCAAUGACAGCCUAAGUGCUGCACACCCGGAUUUUCUUUUGUAAGGCUUCAGGAAGACAUUUUUUCUUAACAUCGCAUUGGAGAAAACUAAAAUGAUUUCCUGUAAA